UUGAGGCGCCUUACAUAAGAGGCCAACGCCUCUUCUGUCUCCCGCACCCCAGCCCUCUCUCAACUUGUGCACAGUGCAUAUAUAUAUAGCCUCCAAUUUCACAAUUUUUGUCUCAUUGCUUCUUCUUUUACUCCAUUUUCUUUCAGAUAUUUUCGGUUGAAGAUAGGCAGUGUUCUACCGUAUAUUUUUUUCCCCUUAUUUCUCGAUCUUCUUUAGUCCUCUUCCCUAUAGAAAAAUCCUUCUUGUUUAUACAUUUACUAGUCAUGUCUAGUUUGUACCCCCAAAAUUUGAACUUUUCUCCUGCAAGAAGUGUUCCUUCUCCACAUAUAAGGAGCAAUACAGAUGUUGAAAGUCAGCAUUUAACAGAGCUACUAGCAGAGAGGCAGAAGCUACAGCCAUUCAUGCAAGUACUUCCUAUAUGCAGCAGGCUCUUGGAUCAAGAAAUAUUACGAAUUUCUGGAAAAAUCUCUAGCCAAGGUCUUAGUGACCACGACAGACUACGGCGUGGUAGUCCUAGGCCAAUGGCUUCUUUGAACAUGAUGCCAGAUUUUGGAGAAGGGUUGGGUAGCUGGAAUGGAAAUGGCUGGAGCGGCAUUCAGCCUGAGAAAUUAAGUGGGCCACAGGGUAUGAACAUAGACUGGCAAGAGGCAUGGGGAAGUCCCAGUUCAUUCGUAGUGAAGCGGGUAAUGCGCUUGGAAUUACCUGUUGAUAGAUAUCCAAAUGUAAGCUUUCGUGGGGCGAUUUUAGGUCCUCGUGGCAAUUCCCUUAAGCGAGUCGAAGCUUCCACAGGAUGCCGUGUGUUUAUCAGAGGAAAGGGUUCCAUAAAAGAUCCUGCGAGGGAGCAAAGCCUCAAGGGGAGACCAGGUUACGAGCACUUGAAUGAGCAACUGCAUAUUUUGAUAGAGGCGGAAUUACCUGCCAAUGUUGUCGAUCUAAGGUUGAAACAAGCAAAAGAGAUCAUCGAAGAGCUGCUCAAACCUGUGGAUGAUUCAGAAGACAUGUAUAAGAGACAACAACUUAGAGAACUAUCCAUGCUGAAUAAUUUCAGAGAAGAAAGCCCACAUCCAAGGGGUAGUGUAUCUCCAUUUACGUCCAGUGGAAUAAAACGUCCCAAAACUGGUUUGUAAUCGCAAUUUGUCGUAAUCAACUGUCUGUUCACUCUUCAAAGAGGCUUCUUAAGAACUUCCGUGGGUGGCGUGUUAGCACCUUAUGAUCGUCCAAGAUUAAUAUCCAAUUCUAGCUGGUUCUCUGAGAUUAGAAACCUGGAUAGUGAAAAUAUGAGCAAACGAUUAGGAGACAGAAAUUUUUUCCUUUUUUUUUUUUUUAUGUUUUUUUAGCUGGUUGGAGUAGAAGGGCUAAUGGAUUUAUUUGUUAAUUAACUAUGUUUGUCUGUAAACAGAUGUAGAAUUUGUUUGCUUUUGAGUCCUUUGACAAGUUAGAGUUCGUUUUGCA